CCCCGCGGCGGGGGAACACCAUGCCUGGGGCAGCGGGAUAGCGCGGGGUGUCGCGCACCUUCCGCGGGCCGCCCCGCCUCGGCUGGGGCUGCAGCCGCUGGACUCUUCUGCAAUGACUACAGCAAGAUAUAGGCCUACCUGGGACUUGGUACUUGACCCAUUAGUGUCCUGCAAGCUUUGCCUUGGUGAAUAUCCUGUGGAACAGAUGACAACAAUAGCACAAUGCCAAUGCAUCUUCUGUACUCUGUGCCUAAAACAGUAUGUGGAGCUUUUGAUCAAAGAAGGUCUAGAAACAGCAAUCAGUUGCCCUGAUGCUGCCUGCCCAAAGCGAGGUCAUCUGCAAGAAAAUGAGAUUGAGUGCAUGGUUGCGUCAGAAAUCAUGCAAAGGUAUAAGAAGCUGCAGUUUGAAAGAGAAGUGCUUUUGGAUCCGUGUCGGACUUGGUGUCCAUCCUCUACUUGCCAGGCAGUUUGCCAGCUUCAGGAAUCAAGCCCACAGGACCCCCAGCUGGUCCAGUGCAAAGCCUGCGACAUUGAGUUCUGCUCUGCUUGCAAAUCUAAUUGGCAUCCAGGUCAAGGCUGUCAAGAGAAUAUGCCAAUCUCUUUUCUUCCAGGAGAAACAAGUUCAGUUUUUAAAAUGGAAGAAGAUGAUGCCCCAAUCAAGCGCUGUCCAAAGUGUAAAGUUUACAUUGAACGAGAUGAAGGCUGUGCCCAAAUGAUGUGUAAGAACUGCAAACAUGCUUUUUGCUGGUACUGCCUGGAAUCUCUUGAUGAUGAUUUUCUCCUUAUACAUUAUGACAAAGGACCUUGUCGAAACAAGCUGGGCCACUCCAGGGCAUCAGUUAUUUGGCACAGAACGCAGGUGGUAGGAAUUUUUGCAGGAUUUGGUCUUCUUCUUUUGGUGGCCUCCCCUUUCCUUCUCCUUGCUACACCGUUUGUUCUGUGCUGCAAGUGCAAAUGUAAUAAAGGAGAUGAUGACCCUCUACCUACCUAGACUGAGAAGAUUGGACUCAUCACAUGUGUUUUGAUCUUAUUGUUGCUGUUGAUGUUUCCCUCUUGCACUUAACAUUGCUGUAGCCUUACUUGUCCCAUUUCGCUUUUCAUUGCCACACAGUCUUGGUUUCAGGAACUGUUGUUACUACUGUUGCAUAGAUCAAUCAAUAAUAGACAAGGAGGAUAAUGGAAGGCAAAAUUGGUGCUAAAAGGAGACCAUGGACCUGGGUAGCUAUCAGAAAGUAAGAGCUGACAAUGCUAAAAAUAAUGCGAAAGGUUUCUGCUACCCUGUGGUGGACUGGGAAGUGUAUGGAAUGGUAUCAGCAAAACGAGCUGAAAAUGCAUACAAAUCUUCUGCAUAUCUGUUCACUUCCAAAUUUGAUGUCUUAUUCCUGUAUAUAUUUAAGUUGCAGAUCAUUUAAAUCAGUCAACUUAUUGUGACUUUUGCUAUGUUUACUACGCAUCUGUUUUUGUUAAAGCCAUGACAGUAUCCUUUUUAGUACCUAUUUUUUCAAGUGUAACAAAAUCAGUAAGGUGCAUAUAGGCCAUCCUAUGCCUUUCUUCAAAUUUGGGGAGGGUUAGAGGGACAAGGUUGGUCCUGUUGCCUUCCAGAAAUUUUAUGAAGUCUUAUAAGAAAUUUGUUACUUUGAAAGCUACAUUUUAAAAAUUAAUUGAUGAAGUGGUAAGGUUGAGUGGUGACACAAACUUACUGUCUAAUCACAGUUCCUUUAAAAAUGCAUUGAUGGUAUUGAUUACCGCUGGACCACUAGUGUUUUUCUGAACUGUUAUUUUUUGCUGUAGUUUAGGGUUCUGCUACACUUAUAGGGCUACAUAACUUCUAAUCCAGGUAUCUUAAUCUUUUUAUAUAGAGAGAGAUAUAUAUAAUCCUAUUUAAACCAAAUGUGUAAAUAGCUGUGCUAUUGAAAUAUUUUGGAAGUUCAAAAUAGCUUGCUUCUGUCUUUAGGGUAAUUAUUAAAAAAAUACAGGACUAACUUUACUAUUUAGACUCUUGGGUUAUCAAUGAACCUUUCCUUUUAAGUAUAAAAAUGUAGCAGGGUUAUCCCUGUAGUUAAUAAUAAAAAUGCCUGGGAUGUUUGUGGAAGUUGUACUUUUCCUAUUAAACUAUUUAGCCCAUUUUCAGAGUUAACAUUGUAUGAUGUAUGGUGUGUGCUGUUAAUAACAAUACUGUGAUGAAACAGCUUUUAUUUGAAAAGUAAUCACUUCGUUUGAUAGCUUUGCAGCAUUCUCAGUGCUGUGUUUCCAGGGUAGUAAAGUGUGCUAGUCAUCAUCAUAUUAACCAUCAUUGUUUCUCUUUAGAAAUAUUUUCUUGUAAACCAUUUUUCUCUGAUUUCAAAAGCCUACAAGGAUUUGACUAAUAACUUCUUGCCAUGAAAUAUGAAGCACCUGAAUGUGUAUGUCUGUGUGUAGUACUGAAAGAAAACACUUCUGAAUGGCUCAUGGACUGAAGUUUGACUGUGUAUUUUUCAUCAUUAUUUAUUUCUGUGCAUUAUUGAUGUACUGAGAUGGAUAAAUAGCCAGGAUAAAUUUGCACUAAAAAUAUAUUAAGACCCUUAAAUGCAACUGCUUCUGGCUGCUCCCACAGGCUGGGAAUAUGUUUUCACAGCUUAAGCAUAAGGAAAUUAUUCCUUUGUUUAUUAUCUUUUGUACUGUCUGUCUGUUAAAUAAAAAGACUGCAGGGUACAAUUUUGGAAAGGGCCAAUGUCUUUUUAUAAAGCUAUGCUAGAAUUUCUUCUCCUCCCCCUUCUGGCAAGUUUAAUAGUAUCCAAAUUCAAACUGUAUCUAACCACAGAUUUUAGCUCCAGGAGCUGAAGGUUAUCUGCAGUUUACUUCUUUGGCUUGAUCUUAAUGACUGAAGAAAAAGGAUACCUGGUUUCCAGCAAGUCUGAACUCCUUGUGAUAUCUUCAGAUUGUUCAUAGCAAUGCACAGUUCAGACCUUUUGUUAUCAGGGUGUUUUUAGUAUUUUAGCUAUCUUUGUUAUUAAAAUUGCUCAGAAUAUCUGUAGGAGGUCUGGGUAGUGCAUUCUAUCACUGUUUGGCAGCCCCAAAGGAGUGUGUGAAGCACUGCUGAGGUCAGUGGGCAGUGAAGUGGUUAUCUAACUCAGCCUGUGCCCCAAAGGUUCCCUAAGCCAAGCACCCGGGUUGUCCUGAGUCAUAGCUUCAGUGUGCAGAAAUAAUGGAAACCCUUCUAUGAAGGACAGCUUCCUUCAGGUAAGCUUCAACUAUGGCCUUUCAGCCUUGGCCCUGUAACUGUGUUUAACUGGAGAAAAACAAAAUGGACAACAGGACAUAAAAAACUCAUGGGUUGUUGGUUUUCUAAUUGGGAGCACCGAGGGAUUUGGUGUAUGUGGCAGAGGUUCUAAUGACUGCUUCUACUACUGGGAUGAUAGUAAACCACAGAGGCACAGUGGCCUGUUAGCUGUACUGGAGUGUCGUGGUAUGAGGUUUAUUUUCUCUGUGCCUUUCUUAGAGACAGCCUUUAUGUGACAGUACAGCAAAACUUGAGUUUUCCAUGGUACUGUGUGGCCAGUUAAUAAUCAAUGUCAAAAUUAAUGCAUUUCUAGAUUUAAAAAAGAAGAAAAGAAUAAAUCCUUUACAAAUACAGAUGUUUUUAAAUAACAGUUUAUAAUCAGUGCUCGCAGGUAACAAAUAUAAUCAGAAAACUAUGUAAUUCUGUCAGUAUAUCUCUGUCUCUGAGCUCAACAUACUUGAAUUGCUACUGGAGGUUUUUAUGACAUAUCACUUGUUUCACACCAUGGCUGUUGGGAUAGACUAUAUGCCUACAUAUAUUUACCAAAUACCUAAUAAUUUCAGGUUUGCUAAAUGUUAUUCCACCUGUAUUCUUCUCCGGGAUUUUGUUUUGUUAUGUUACUUUUGUAAUGCUGAUUUGUUUCCAAAGUAGCAACUUCUGGUGGUGAUGUAUUGAGUUCAGGGUGGUUUUAUGUUGCAGCUUAUGUUGAUAGUGUGACAUUUAAUACCCUGAAACUGAACUGUAAAUACUUAAACUCUGACAUUUAAACCCCUGCCAUGGAAAAGCGGAUGUUUGUCUCUGCUGCUUUUCACAUGAAAUUCUGUUACAUCAACUUUGGCUUUUUGUAUUUUCACUGGAAAAAUAAGAUUCACUGCAUGAUUCUGUUGCAGUUUUAUGGUUUCUUAAAUGUUGUUUUUAAUGGAGUUUGUAACAGUACAUCAUUUGCAUGUUCUGUUGGGGUGAAGCGGUAUCAUAUCUAGAGCACAAGUGGGGAGUCCAGGCUCCAGAGUUGCCUUUCAUUAGCUGGGCUGAAGUCAGACCUGAGAGAGAUCAGUAGCACAGCCUGCACAGUGGCCAUAGCAUUGAGUUUUCCCCAUGCGACAUUGGACAAGUCACUUAUCUCCUUUUGUCUCAGUUUAACCAUCUUUUAAAUGGAUGGGCCUACCUCACAGGAAUGCUGUGAGGGCAAAUUCACUGGUUUUGAGUCUCUUCAAGAUUCUGUGAUGAAAGAUUAUAUAUAAAUUCUUACUGCAGUUUUAUGUUAAUAUUUCAAUUUUAUUCAUGUUGGCAUUCAUCCUGAAACCUCCUACUACCAACUUCAGCAUGCCAAGAGUUUAGGAUGCUUUCCCCCACAUACCAAGCAGCAUCUUUCCUCAAAUACUCUGGCUUAUGAAUUAGCAAAAUCCCAAAUAAGAGCUGACUGGAUCAACUUUCAGCAUACUGUUGAUCUUCUGACAUGCAGGAAACACAAUCAGAAGUAGUGAAAAGCUCUCUUGUUUAUGGAGCUGACAUGAUAAAAUAUGCAUGGAUCAGAAAAAGAUGAAGUGCUUUUGAUUUAAAAUUGUUAUGGGCAGGAAAAUAAAAAUGAAGUUUUGCGCAUUUCAUCUGUAGGCCUUUUACUGUGUAGGAGUUAAUAUAUUUAAUACAGGCUCUUUUCAUCCCAGUGAGGUACAGCAUGCAUAAAGCUUUGUGCAGGGUUGAUUUUUUUAAAAAAAACAAAGUUUGUACAUUUCACAUACAUAAUCUAAAAUCCUGAGGAAAACAGAAUACAGUUGUUGAUGCCAGUGAUAUUAAAGACAUCAAAAAAGCCUGCAUCAGCGCUUAAUUGCUAGUGCACUUAUACUAAGUAAGGCAUGCUGUUUGUGUUUAUAGCCCUGUGGUCUCCAUUAUUGCUUUGAUUUGUGUAUCUCUUAUAAGGAUUCCAGGAACAUUAGGUACAGGUGUGUGGUACAUAACUGAACCUUUCUUGAUCAUUUUAUCAUGGAUGUAUUUUAAACCUGUAUAGGUAUAAGCAUGAAGGAGUCAUGCAUAUGUAUAGAUAAUGUAUUUGACCCGUGUAAAACUAGUUCUGUUGAUGUAUUUGAAAUAUAAGUACAUUUUGUGCCACUAACACUGUGAUGUAUAAAAGAGCUGUUGAAUGCCUUUUAAUGUUGUGUUUUGUACUUUGAAUCAUAUUGAAGAGUUUAAUUUGUAAUUUCAAUAGAUAUUUUAAAUGAA